UCAUGUCAAGUUUUAUUCAUUCCCUUUUCUUCUUCUGUAUCGCAGUUCAUUAGAAUCUCUUAAAAUUCUCUCAUCAACCAAAUAAAAGUUUUAAACUUUUCAUGUUUCAAUCGCCGAUUUAAUGAUUUUCUCAAGAAUCGGUGCCUCUGUUUCUCGCUCCACUCGUUCUACAUUCCGAAAGAAUGUGGUAUCCGGUAAUUAUAACGCGAGGACUGCGUUAUCGAACGAAUCGAUUUUGCCGUCGACGCCUCUCGGAAACGCGUGCAUUUCACACGUUGGUGGAGGAUUGAAUCUUGCUAAAGGAUUUUUUACGUCUGCUGGAGCCGGGAAACAGCUCGUUUCGAAUACGUACGUGUCGAAUUUGAAUCCGUUUUUUGCAAACCCUAGGCUUCGGCGUUUUUUCUCAGGCGAAGCACCUAAGGAAAGAAAGUAUGAAAAUUAUUAUCCAAAGAAUAAGAAGGAAAUCCCAAAAGCAAACGAACAAAAAACUGGGUCAAAAGAGGACUCAGGUGCUGGUGAUCAAGGGAAUUUUCAGAACUUCACUAAGCAGUUUCAAAAUAUGAUCAGUCCUUUAUUUUUUAUUGGCUUUGUGUUAGCAUCAAUGCUUUUUACUCCAGAGCAGCAAAAGGAGAUUAGUUUCCAAGAGUUUAAAAACAAGCUACUUGAACCUGGUCUGGUGGAUAAAAUUGUUGUUUCAAACAGAUCAGUUGCCAAAGUGUAUGUGAAAAACACCCCACGCAAUGCAAAUGAAACCGAUGAUGAGUUUAAACAGGUGCCUGUCAAUGCUAACUCUACCAGAAGAAAUAUAAGCCAGUACAAGUUCUAUUUUAACAUAGGAAGUGUUGAAUCUUUUGAGGAGAAACUGGAGGAAGCCCAGGAAGCUCUAGGGAUAGAUCCUCAUGAUUAUAUUCCGAUAACUUAUGCCAGUGAAGUAAACUGGUUUCAAGAAUUGAUGAGGUUUGCACCAACAGCCUUGAUUUUUGGAGUCCUCUGGUUCAUGGGGCGAAGAAUGCAGGGUGGAAUUGGUAUUGGAGGUCCAGGUGGUCGAGGUGGCCGUAAUAUAUUUAAUAUAGGAAAAGCAACUAUUAUGAAGAUGGAUAAGAAUGCUAAAGAGAAGGUAUUCUUUAAAGAUGUAGCUGGCUGUGAUGAGGCAAAGCAAGAAAUCAUGGAGUUUGUUCACUUCCUCAAGAAUCCAAAGAAGUAUGAGGAUUUGGGGGCAAAAAUUCCAAAAGGGGCGCUACUCGUUGGCCCUCCUGGCACAGGGAAGACACUUCUUGCGAAGGCAACUGCUGGUGAAUCAGGUGUGCCUUUCCUCAGUAUGUCUGGGUCAGACUUUAUGGAAAUGUUUGUUGGAGUAGGGCCAUCCCGAGUUCGGAGCUUAUUUCAAGAAGCAAGACAAUGUGCACCUAGUAUCAUAUUUAUUGAUGAGAUAGAUGCAAUUGGUCGAGCAAGGGGUCGUGGAGGUUUUUCUGGUGGCAAUGAUGAGCGUGAGAGCACUCUCAAUCAACUGCUUGUUGAGAUGGAUGGAUUUGGAACAACCACUGGAGUUGUUGUACUUGCUGGCACAAAUAGGCCUGAUAUAUUAGACAAAGCUCUGUUGAGACCUGGUCGAUUUGAUCGUCAAAUAACGAUUGAUAAACCUGAUAUCAAAGGUCGUGACCAGAUUUUUCAAAUCUAUUUGAAAAAGCUGAAACUUGAUACUGAACCAUCAUAUUACUCUCAGAGACUUGCUGCACUCACUCCUGGAUUUGCUGGAGCUGACAUUGCAAAUGUUUGUAAUGAAGCUGCUUUAAUUGCAGCAAGAAAUGAGAGUGCAGAGAUAACUAUGGAACAUUUUGAGGCUGCCAUAGACAGGGUCAUCGGUGGUUUGGAAAAGAAAAACAAGGUUAUAAGCAAGCUGGAAAGGCGGACUGUUGCUUACCAUGAAUCAGGUCACGCUGUUGCUGGUUGGUUCUUGGAGCAUGCAGAACCUUUGUUGAAGGUGACAAUUGUUCCUCGUGGUACUGCAGCUCUUGGGUUUGCCCAGUAUGUGCCCAAUGAAAACCUUCUGAUGACUAAAGAGCAGCUGUUUGAUAUGACUUGCAUGACACUGGGUGGUCGAGCAGCUGAGCAGGUAUUGUUAGGGAAGAUAUCUACUGGAGCUCAGAAUGACUUGGAGAAAGUGACGAAGAUGACAUAUGCCCAAGUGGCAGUGUAUGGUUUCAGUGACAAGGUGGGUCUUCUUUCCUUCCCUCAAAGAGAUGAUACAUUUGAGAUGACAAAGCCGUACAGCAGCAAGACGGGUGCUAUUAUUGAUAAUGAAGUUAGAGAAUGUGUGGCUAAGGCAUAUGAACAUACUGUUCAACUGAUACAGACGCACAAGGAGCAAGUGGCAAAGAUUGCAGAAUUAUUGCUAGAGAAAGAGGUUCUACAUCAAGAUGACUUGGUUCGAGUAUUAGGAGAACGGCCAUUUAAGCCAAGCGAGCCCACCAAUUAUGACAGGUUUAAGCAAGGUUUUAUUGAAGAAGACAAGGGCUCUAAAGAGACAAAAGAGAGUGAGACGGUGGAAGAUGACAGUUCACCCUCCUUGGAGCCUGGGGUCGCGCCUGCUUAGCAUUUGAUUAAUUAGGUUGAUGUUUUUGUACAUGAAAGUUGAUCGACUGAAUAGGGUAAUGGUUUUGUAUAUGAGCUUUUGGUAGCUUUGCUUAACUUCUUCAAUUCAAGUGACUAGAAUGUAAAAUACACUGAAUUACAUAAGAUGAAAAAUUCUGACUAUUGUGCAAAAA